AGCUGCGGUUGGCCCUAUGGCCACGAGGUGUCAUGGGUCUCUGCGGGUCACAGGCUGCCCGAGCCGAUUUGGCUGCUGAACGAAAGGCUGCGGCAUGCAGCAGCACUCCAUCGCGACCAACUGGGUCAACCGAUAUCCUGGACGAGUCGGAGUCUGGCGCGUCAGAUGAGGAUGAUGCGUUCAAGCACUGGGCAGACGUAUCCACAGAGUUUAGCAGCAGGAUAAACCACCUGAUUCUUCACACCUAUGGCGACGUCAAGACGUCCUACCAGCUGAGUGGGAAGAAGCUGGGAGAGGGCGGCUUUGGGUUUGUUACGGAGGGCAAGAGCCUGGAGACUGGGAACCGCUACGCCAUGAAGAAGGUGUCCAAGGCCAAAGCAAAGAUGAGGAGAGUGCAGGUCCGCAGCGAGAUUGAUGUCAUGAAGCUGACAGACCAUCCGAAUGUGGUAGCUUUGCACGAAACCUUCGAAGACAAGGGGCACAUCUACCUGGUCUUGGAGCUUUGCGCGGGAGGCGACCUGGGGAUGCACAUGCAACGCCAGGGCCGGCCCUACAGCGAACACCAGGCGGCAAUCUUGAUGGAGCAGAUUCUGAAAUCCGUGUCCUACCUGCACGACUGCAAAGGUAUUUGCCAUCGGGACCUGAAGCUGCCGAACUUCCUCUUCCUCCGAGAGGCGCCGGUGGAGAGCAACGUGCUGAAGCUGGCGGACUUCGGUCUGGCCUGCAGCUUUCAGCCGGGACAGGUGCUCAGCAGUAAGGUGGGCACUGUCCUCUACUGCUCACCCCAGGUUCUGGGAGGUGUGUAUGACCGUUCGGCGGAUUUGUGGAGCUGCGGGGUCAUCAUGUAUAUGCUCCUCGGCGAAGAUCCACCCUUCCCCGGCAAGAAUGAUGCGGAGGUGGCACAGCGUGUCCGAAAGGGCAACUACGCUUUUAGUGACACGAUCUGGUCAUCUGUGUCCCAGGAGGCCAAGGACCUCAUCCGGAAGCUGCUGAAGUUUCAGCCCUUCGACCGAUGCACGGCCUUGCAGGCGCGGGUCCACGAGUGGUUCACCGCCGCGGCGCCGGAGCUCCGCGCCAGACCCGCCCUCCAGGCCUUUGUGGUCCCAGACCUGCUGCGCUUCUCCAAACGGAGCUAUUUUCAGCGAGCGGCAUUGCGGGCAGUCGCGAUGCAAGUGGGCCAGGCGGAUAUCGAGAAAUCCUGGCAGCACUUCCAGGCGCUAGAUCCGAAAGGACACAGCGUUUUGGCACUGCCCGACUUGCAGGAGUUGAUGGGUCUACCAGAGCUGGCAGACUACGCCGCAGAACUGCGGGAGGUGGUGGCUCUUCUGAAAGGUCGGCCUCUGGGAGAUGAUGUGAUUAGCUUCACCGACUUUUUGGCCUCGGCGCUGCGGAGGCUCCAGUGCCAGGACGGCUUGUGCCAUGCAGCCUUUCGCAUCCUCGACCGGGAUGCAGAUGGGUACAUCGACGCAAAAGAGCUGGGGUCCAUCCUACGCAGAGACGGAGGCCAAGCUGAGGCCCCUCCGGAGGUCCUGUCCGCCAUGCUGGCCGAAGCCUCGGGGGGUGGACCCGUCAGCUACAAGGACUUUGUCCGCUUCAUCCAUGCGGCCGCCAAAGAGGCGUAGUUCGGGCAGCUCCGGUGGCAAAACAAGCAGCAUGAGACGACGUGAACCUGGCCCAUAUGGCCCAUCUACCUUUCAAGUUGGAGCUUCCCGCUGUUUCACCGCCGAAGAGUGAGGCGUCGGCGCAAACUCGCAAUUGGGGUUUCGCCGCAUAUGGUCCCCAGGAUGGGGAUUCGAGAUUUGGAGCGAGCGUCAGUCACCGUCGAAUUGAUCCGGGCUCGCAGUGCUUGCUUGCAUCGUGCUGAACUUGCCUCGGCACUAAAUGGGCCAAAGGCAAAUGUUUCUGGGUUUCUAGGAGCGCCGGAGGAUUGUACCUGGCUGCAUUGCAUGGAGAUGGCACCAACA